AUGGCCUCACCACAACAGAUCAGAACCACUCUUACAGACUUUUUUGGGAUCAAGCACCCAAUCUUGCUUGCUGGCAUGGGGAGCACGUCAGGCGCUGAAUUAGCGGCGGCCGUAACGAACGCUGGAGGUCUGGGUGUUAUCGGUGGUAACGGUUAUACGCCUCAGAUGCUUCGCGAGGAGAUUGAGGAACUCAAGUCGUACCUUAUUGACAAGAAUGCGCCAUUUGGCGUCGACCUUCUGAUCCCCCAGAUUGGUGGAAAUGCCCGCAAGACGAAUUACGACUACAACAAGGGCAAGCUCAUGGAGCUCAUUGACGUGAUGAUUGAAACCGGAACAAAGUUGUUCGUCUGCGCAAUUGGUAUUCCACCACAAGAAGCUGUCGAUAAGCUUCAUAAGCACGGCAUCCUAUACAUGAACAUGGUCGGUCACCCUAAGCAUGUUCAGAAGGCACUUGAUCGCGGUGCCGAUAUCAUCUGCGCUCAAGGAGGCGAAGGAGGAGGCCAUACCGGUGAUGUUCCACUCUCCGUGAUAAUCCCCGAGGUCGUUCGAAUCUGCAAGCAGAAAACGUCCAAGUUCACUGGAAAACCAGUCAAAGUCAUUGCCGCAGGCGGCAUCUCAAACGGUGAAACCCUGGCCGCUGCCCUUGUUAUGGGAGCGGAAGCUGUCUGGGUUGGAACUCGCUUCGUGCUGUGCAAAGAAUCCAAGGCCAGCAGGGCACAUAAGAAGGCUGUCGAGACCGCGGGCUUCGACGACAACAUCAGGACCAUCAUCUUCUCAGGCCGCCCAUUGCGCGUGCGCAAUAGCCCGUACAUCAACGAUUGGGAGACGAACAGACAAGCUGAGAUUAGGGAACUCACAAGCAAGGGUAUCCUCCCUGUAAUGCACGACUUUGAAACCAACCCAAAGAAGAUGGAGGCACUUGAAGAUGAAGCUCACCCCUUUUUGAUGGGCAAGGUAUCUGCCGUUGUAAACAAGGAGCUGUCAGCUAAAGAGAUCGUUGACGACAUGGUAAACGGUGCUGUCGCACGUUUGACCGCAGGUGCCAACGCCCUGGUAUCGACGAGCAGGAUUUAA